CAAACUCACGCCAGUUCUUCACCUCCGCCAUUGCUCUCUCUGGUUUUUGAGGCUUCUGUUUCUUUGAAGUUUGUUGGCAAUGGCUGGGACUGGGGUGUUUGCAGAGAUCAUUGAUGGAGAUGUGUACAAGUACUACUCGGAGGGGGAAUGGAGGAAGGCUGUUUCUGGGAAGUCUGUGGCCAUUAUUAACCCCACCACAAGGAAGACUCAGUACAGGGUUCAAGCUUGUUCACAAGAAGAGGUCAACAAGGCAAUGGAAAUAGCAAAAAGUGCACAAAAGAUAUGGGCAAAGACACCACUUUGGAAGCGAGCUGAGCUGCUUCACAAGGCAGCUGCUAUCCUCAAAGAACACAAAGCCCCAAUAGCAGAGUGCCUGGUGAAAGAAAUUGCAAAACCAGCCAAGGAUGCAGUUACUGAGGUUGUGAGGUCUGGGGAUUUGGUUUCUUAUACUGCUGAAGAAGGGGUUAGGAUUCUGGGAGAGGGAAAGUUCCUGGUGUCUGAUAGCUUUCCUGGGAAUGAGAGGAGCAAGUACUGCCUCACAUCAAAGAUUCCACUUGGGGUAAUCUUGGCCAUUCCACCAUUUAACUAUCCGGUCAACCUUGCUGUCUCGAAAAUUGCUCCUGCACUGAUCGCUGGAAACUCAAUCGUGCUCAAGCCUCCGACUCAGGGCGCUGUAUCUGCUCUUCAUAUGGUGCAUUGCUUUCACCUGGCCGGUUUUCCAAAAGGCGUUAUCAGCUGUGUUACUGGGAAAGGCUCUGAAAUUGGUGACUUCCUUACAAUGCAUCCUGGGGUGAACUGUAUAAGCUUCACUGGCGGAGAUACUGGUGUUGCAAUUUCAAAGAAGGCAGGCAUGAUUCCUCUUCAGAUGGAGCUGGGAGGAAAAGAUGCCUGCAUCGUGCUUGAAGAUGCUGACCUAGAUUUGGUAGCAGCAAACAUCGUUAAAGGAGGCUUUUCUUACAGUGGUCAAAGAUGCACUGCUGUUAAGGUUGUCUUGGCGAUGGAAUCCAUAGCCGACACUCUUGUUGAGAAAGUGAACGCCAAAGUAGCAAAACUGACAGUUGGGCCACCAGAGGAUGACUGCGAUAUCACUCCAGUUGUUUCAGAGUCCUCUGCAAAUUUUAUUGAAGGUUUGGUUAUGGAUGCUAAACAGAAAGGAGCAACAUUUUGCCAGGAGUACAGGAGGGAGGGCAACCUUAUUUGGCCUUUGUUGUUAGAUAAUGUUCGGCCUGAUAUGAGGAUUGCAUGGGAGGAGCCCUUUGGUCCAGUUUUGCCUGUACUUAGGAUCAACUCUGUUGAAGAAGGAAUCCACCAUUGCAAUGCUAGCAACUUUGGCCUCCAGGGUUGCGUCUUCACAAGGGACAUCAACAAAGCAAUCUUGAUCAGUGAUGCCAUGGAGACAGGAACAGUUCAAAUCAACUCGGCACCAGCUCGUGGGCCAGAUCAUUUUCCAUUCCAGGGUUUGAAGGACAGUGGAAUCGGUUCACAAGGAAUUACCAACAGCAUUAACAUGAUGACCAAGAUCAAGAGCACUGUCAUCAAUUUACCAUCCCCCUCAUACACCAUGGGCUAAUGUUAUCCCAUAUGGGGGAAUUAUCAAACCGACUAGUACUACCAUAGCUAGUUGGUAUAAGCUGCAAAUGAUUUGUAUUUUUUUUUUUUUCCUUUGGUCUGUCCUUUUUAUUAUGUUUCUCUGUUAGUGAUCAUUAUGAAGGGGGAAGAUAAGUAAUGAAGAGAUUUUUAUCAACGGUAAUAUUCGCUGUCAACUAAUGAGUUUGCUUUGACUAAAUUAUGAAUCUUGGUUU